AUGGUGUUUAAAAUUCUACACAUCAUCACUUCUACAACAACAGCAGACAUGUACGUCACACGGUUAAUAAACUACUACAACAGUGUCUUUAGAAUACUCAAUUGGGACGACAUUCCUUAUUAUUCAUUCCUAUCAUUCUUUUAUCAGUUGUACAAUUAUUUCUCUGGUAAAUCAAUUAUUAUAAGUCGUGCGCAUGUGCUCAAUUCAUUCAUUCAUCCAGCAUCCGGCCAAAAAAAUUUUAAGCAAGAAGUAAAAAAAAAUAUCAACAACAACAAUUUUCUCCUUUUAAUAUAUUACAAAACAUUGACAAGCUUCAUUUACAACAAGAUUUUAAUUAUUUAUCACAUUUCAAGAAUAAACAACACCAGCAUAUCUACAGAAACUAAUUGCAAUUAA